AUGUACGCGGUAGCGUUCGAGCAUGCCGCUGUGAUAGAGCAUCUAUUGACAGUGUCUCACAUCGACGGCAUCGACGUGAAUGUGAUAGAUGACGGCUUUCUCGGAACGGCGCUGAUACGCGCGGUCGGGAACGGACACACCGCCGUGGUCAAGCUGUUGUCGGCGUGGCCAGGUAUCGACGUGAACGUGAAGAACGAGUUUGGAACGACAGUGCUGAUGUACGCGGCACAGAUGGGGCAAGAGGCGGUGGUGGCUCAGCUGCUGGCCACGGCAGGCAUAGAUGCAACCACAAGAGAUGAUGACGGUCGGACUGCACUAAUGCAUGCAGAGCGUUACGAACACGCGGCCGUGGUCAAACUUUUGAGAAACUUCGCUCAAGAUUAA